AUGUCGGUUCCGUGGGAGCAGCGGAGCUUCUCCGAAUCCAAGUCGCCGUACGGUCAGCUCGUCACCCUCGUCGUCAAGGACGAGGCGGGCCGCAGGCUCACGCGCACCAUGAGGAAAACCGACAACCUGCAGGUUCUCGUCGACUUCUACUACAACACCAUGGCGCCCGUCGUCGAGCGCGGCUCGGGGGUUUUCGAGUACCGCGGCACGCAGAUUGUGUUUCCCCGGCAGCAGGUGCCGGUGGAGUUUGACAUGAAGGACGGCGACGUCGUCCGGGUGGUCAAGCCGCACACGCUCGUCACCCCCGUGCUCAAGGAGCGCUACGAGGAAUCGCGCAGCUUCGCCUGCACCGUGCGGAGGACCGACCAGCUCAAGGGCUUGAUGUCUUUCUACCUCAGGACGGCGCUAAAGGCUGGAGCUGUUUUUGAGUUGGACGGCAGACGUCUUGUAGGCGAUGAGACGCCGGCGGACUUGCAGCUUGAGGAUGGGGCAAUCAUCCACGUUUCUCCAGCUUGA